AUGAUAACAAAAUGCAAAUUCAAUAACGACUGGAACCAGUUGGCAACUUGUACUGUCGUCAUAGUAGCAAUAUCGAAAUCUUACUAUGUCUUGCUGUUGUUGUGCAAGCGCUUUUUCCUCAGCCAUUCAUACAUUCACCAGCAUGCAUUAGCGCACACACGCGGCCAACAUGAAGUACACGAAGAACCGGACCUAGAACAGAAUGCGCCAGCAUACACUACGAAAUCACACGUCAUCCGAUUAGAGCCUGCUCUACUUCACUCUGCUCAUCUCCACCAAUCAACUCAGCUACGCCCUGAACUCGUCUAUCCUCCUCUCUGCUCUACUCGACCGUUCAAUCUUCCCAUAUCUUCUUCUGCCGCGCACACUCUUCUCCCCUUUUCUCCCUUCCAGCAGAUCUGUCCCAGCAUAAGCCCAUCUAUAACUCUGGUGAUUAGCUAUAAAUAG